AUGGCUAACAGGUCACCUCCAUCGGAAACAGUCUCUCGUCUCCGAGGUCAGUCACAGUCGGGGUGCCCCAAGGAAGUGUACUGGAACCACUUUUGUUCAUUACAUACGUUAAUGAUCUACCUCAGUGUCUCAAGUAUUGCAAGACCAUUCUCAACGAUGAUGAUACGUUUAUUUAUUAUUCUGCCAAAUCAACCAGGACGUAGAGAACUGUCUAAACAAGGACUUUGAGUCUACUUCGCUUUGGCUACAGUCAAAUGUCCUUACUCUUAACUGUUCUAAAUCAAGAUUUCUUCCAUUUGUGAGUACGCACCGUAUAAAGUCGUGAGGCGUGGUUGCUAUUCGUAUCAACGAUAUCCGCUGAAGAAGCUACAAUACAUCUUUCAAUUACUUGGUUUCAACCCUAAUGAAGAUCUGCCCUGGGGUGAUCAUCUUAAAAAUAUCAUGAGGAAGACAAACCAGCCACUAAAACUUGUCAGAAGAGUUAUGGGAACUUAAGAAUCAUCAUUCUCUAAUGCCUCCUGCUUUUGAAUACGGUAACAUCAAUUGGGGUGACAAAAACAAUGCUACCUUAAUGAACGAUCUUCAAAUCAAACAAAAAAAGGCAGCUACAAUCUUCUUCAACAAGGCGAAAUACAUCUUGCGCUACAGAUGCUCUUGA